CAUUCGCAUUUGUUGUUGUUUACGUUGGUUGUGUUUUUGAAUUAUUUUAAAUAUAUUUAUGGAAGUACAAAUUGUUCAAUUAUGAGUUUAAAAGAAUUGGAAACUAACGCUGAAUCCAAGUCAAUAAAAGCCAUUAACGGCGAUACAGUCCACAAAAUAUGUUCCGGUCAAGUGGUACUCAGUUUAGCCGUUGCUGUAAAGGAGCUGGUGGAGAACUCUUUGGAUGCAGCAGCAACUAAUGUUGAAGUGAGGUUAAAGAACUAUGGAAUAGACCUUAUUGAAGUAUCUGACAAUGGCACAGGAGUCACUGAAGAUAAUUUUUCUGCCCUUACAAUGAAAUAUCACACAUCCAAGUUGAAUGAAUACUCAGAUCUGCUUGGUGUGAGCAGCUUUGGUUUCCGGGGAGAGGCCCUGAGCUCACUGUGUGCUCUAGCCAAUCUCACCGUCACCACCAGGCAUAAUAGCUCAGAUUUUGCUACAAAAAUAGAGUAUGACCACAAGGGAAAUAUUGUGAAGAAGACACCCUGUUCACGGCAAGUAGGAACCACGGUGACAUUAACUGAUCUUUUCUCUUCACUACCAGUUAGGCAGAAAGAGUUCCACAAAAAUGCUAAAAGAGAAUUCAACAAAAUGACUCAACUACUGUAUGCUUACUGCUUAAUUUCACUAGGAGUUAAAAUCACCUGCACCAAUCAGACAAGCUCAAAUGCAAAAUCCGUAGUAGUGGCUACACAAGGCACUGGUACUUACAAGGACAAUAUUGCUUGUGUGUUUGGGGCAAAGCAACUGUUCUCCCUCCUUGAGAUCAAACCUGAGUAUGAGCCAAAUAUCAAAGAGAAUAUACUGAAGGGAUUGUCUGGAGAAGUGAAGGAAACGGAAGAAAGUGUCAAUAUUGAAGAUGUUGAAAUAGACCUGUCUGAAGAUUCAAAUGAGACUGAAGGUACAGAUAAACUAACACAAGAUACUUGUUCUCAAGUAUCCACACUCUCACAAGGAUAUAGAAAUGGCGCUGUUCCUAUAGAGUUCACUGGCUUAAUAUCAUCUUGUGCACAUGGUAGUGGACGCUCCAGCACUGAUAGACAAUUCUACUAUGUUAAUUCUAGACCUUGUGAACCACAAAAAGUAAUCAAACUUAUUAACGAGGUCUACAGACAAUACAACCCUAACCAGUACCCAUUUGUAUUCCUGAACAUCAACCUAGACAGGUCUACAGUGGAUGUCAAUGUUACACCAGAUAAAAGACAAGUUUUUCUAAUAAAGGAAAAGAUCAUAAUCGAUGUUGUUAAGUGCUCAAUGUUGAAACUUUUUGAAAGCAUACCAAGAACAUUAAAGGUAGAAAAUCUUUCACAAAGAUCAACAGAGGAAGUUAAGCCAGAUGUGGAUCAGCCUAGAGUGUUUAAUUCGUUUUUACAAAGAUUUUCUAGUAAGGCAAGUAGUAGUAAAAAUAAUAAACAAUCCAUUACAAAUUUACAAAACAGCAGUUCUGAAUUGAAGAGAAAAUCUACAACAAUGCUAGAUUUUGUAUCCAGCAAGGCUAAAAGAAAUGAUAGUUAUGAUAAAGAGGAGCCUAUCUAUAAAAAUAAUCAUGAAGAAUAUAAAGUAGCUGUAAAUCUUGAUGACAGUCUGAUAGAUAUUGACGAGAUUAAAUUGGAAGAUAAUAAAGACAACUUAGAGAAAAAACAUACAAAAGAUGAAACCAUUGAAAUUGUGAAUGAAACAGUUCAAAAGAAAAACGAAGAUCAAGAUACAAAAAAUACGAAUGUAAUAGAAAAAGAAACUAGUGCUUUCCUCUACUUAGAAGGGACAAAUCAACUACCCGAAACUCAAAUUAGGACACUUGAUGAUAUUGUACUGAAGUCACAUACAACAGUCUGUAAAAAUAAAAAUCUUAAACAAAAUUAUUCACCAAAGAAAGUAACUGAAAAAAUAUUAGCUCCUACAACAAAGGCUGUAAAAACGGAUAAAGAAGAUUUAGGAAAUCACAAUAGAAGAACGGUAACUUUAAAAACUUCAUUAGAACAUGUUACAGCUUUGGCCGAAAUAUACAAUAAUCAGAAGAGUAGGGAAGCUCCUGAAAGAGUGAAAUUCCGCAGUGCUAUCAACCCAGUCUUUAAUAAGAAAUGUGAAGAAGAGUUGAGCAGAGAAAUAUCAAAGAAUUCCUUCAAAGAAAUGCAGAUUAUUGGUCAAUUUAAUUUAGGAUUUAUUAUUACUAAAUUGGAUGAUGAUCUUUUCAUUAUUGAUCAACAUGCUACUGAUGAGAUAUACAACUUUGAAACAUUACAGAAAACCACAGAACUCACAAGCCAAAAGCUUGUCAUUCCACAGCAACUGGAACUAACUGGUGUAAAUGAGCAAAUAUUAAUGGACAACUUGCCGGUAUUCAAAAAGAAUGGCUUCACAUUUGACAUCGAUGAAAAUGCGCUUCCGACGAAACGCGUCAAACUACUCACGCUACCGAUGUCUAAGAACUGGAUAUUCGGCAAAGAGGACAUUGAGGAGCUGCUGUUUAUGUUAAGGGAGUCGCCCUCCUCCCAGCACGCCCGUCCGUCGCGCGUCCGCGCCAUGUUCGCGUCGCGCGCGUGCCGCAAGUCCGUCAUGAUCGGCACCGCGCUCGCCCGCGCCGAUAUGAAGAGGCUGGUGGACCACAUGGCGGAGAUUGAUAAACCUUGGAACUGUCCUCACGGGAGACCUACCAUUCGUCAUUUGGUCAACUUAGCAAUGGUUCAUACAAAAGAUGAGUAAAUGGAAAUUAUGUUUUUAAAUCUGUUAAUUGCAAAACAAAACUAAUCAUGGAAAAAUAUUGUGAUAAAUACAAAUAGUUUAAGUAUAAGUGUAUUAUUAGAUCAAUAAAAAUAAUGUUUUAUA